AUGGGAAACAGCAGUUCGCUGAUGUUACAGGAAGACGAAAUUCAGGCUAUUGCAUCAGAGACGGGAUUCACACGAAAUCAAAUUGUCCGCUUGUACAGUCGAUUUUUAUCUUUAGAUAAACAGGGUCGUGGAUACUUGGAUCGUGAUGAUUUCUUGAGAAUUCCUGAACUUGCUAUCAACCCAUUGGGCGACCGCAUUGUUGAUGCAUUUUUUACUGAAACAGAAGAUCGGGAACAGAAAAUCAAUUUUCGAGAAUUCAUCAGAGUAUUGGCACAUUUCAGGCCAAUUAGUAAAGAAAGGAUAAACAUAUUAAACAGUAGGGAGGAAAAAUUGAAAUUUGCAUUUUCUAUGUAUGAUUUAAAUAAGAAUGGCUUCAUAACAAGGGAUGAAUUCAAAGUGAUCUUGAAUAUGAUGGUUGGUGCUAAUAUAACUGCUGAACAACUAGAUAGUAUUGCUGAUCGGACUAUAUCUGAAGCCGAUAUAGACAACGAUGGGAAAAUUUCAUUUGAUGAAUUUUGCCGGGUAUGUUUUGUAACUUGUCUGUAA